CGGAACUUUCGGUUGCUUUAGAAUCUCCAGGCUCUCCCCUCGCUGAGGGCGCUCACUGAGACCGUUGGGUCGGCUCCGGCGCCGCAAUGACCAUCUGUCAGUUCUUCCUUCAAGGCCGGUGUCGCUUUGGAGAGCGGUGCUGGAAUGAACAUCCCGGUGCCUGGAGUGCGGGCGGGGGACGGCAGCAUCAGCCCUCAAAUAGUAACAGACGCGUGUGGAAUGCCAACAGCCCAAGAUCCUCCAGUGUUAUCCAGCCGUCCAGUUUCUCCAGACCUGCGCCAUGGGGGGGCAGCAGAGAGCAAGACAAGUCGUCUUUUGGUUCCUUCGAUUCUGGAGCUUCAACUAACAGGAACAGGGGGGUGGGAUUACCUCAGAACCUGUUUGCUUCUUCACCUAGCACUGAUGCACAGAGAGAUGAAAAGAAGCUUCUGGAAGGAAUUGUCAAAGAUAUGGAGGUUUGGGAAUCAUCAGGGCAGUGGAUGUUCUCUGCUUAUUCACCAAUGAAAAAAAAAUCUAGUAUUUCAGGUUUUACAGACAUUUCACCAGAGGAGUUGAGGCUUGAAUACCAUAACUUCUUAACCAGCAAUAACUUACAGAGUUAUCUCAGUUCCAUCCAACAGUUAAUAAAUCAGUGGAAGAACAGGGUGAAUGAACUGAAAAGUCUAAAUACAUCAACUAAAAUAGCUUUGCUCUCUGAUAUAAAGGAUGGACUAAAUCAAGCAGCACCUGCAUUUGGAUUUGGCAGCAGCCAAACAGCAGCAUUUGGGUCACCAGGUUUUCCAGUGAAUAACAGCAUGAGUGAUACUGCUCAAAAUUUUAGUUUUAAAGCAAGCUCUGGAUUUGCCACUGCCCCUUCCGGAAGCCCACCUGUGUUCGGGAGUUCGCCAGCGUUUGGAGCCGUUCCCUCUACCAGUCCUGCCAUCACCACCUCUACUCCAAUUCCUGGGUUCGGGAAACCCCAGGUCACAUCUGCUGCCUCAUUUUCAUUCAAAACCCCUGCAGCUUCAGGAUUUGGCUCACCUGGGUUUUCAGGGUUCCCAGCCCCCAUGGCAGCGGGCCCUCUCGGAGCUCUAGGGGCCCCAGCCUUCGGGAGCGGCAGUUCUGUGGUUGGCUUUGGAAAUCCAGGCUCACAGUCUCACACUACUUUUUCCAAGCCAUCCAGUGACAGUUUUGGAAAUAGCAACACAUCCACCUCUGUCCCCAUCUCAAACGGCAGCACGACAGAUAAUGAAAUAUUCACGCCCAAGCAUCAACUAACAGCAGAAGAACUAGAGCAGUUUCAGUCUAAGAAGUUUACUCUGGGGAAAAUUCCACUGAAGCCACCACCUGUGGAACUUCUAAAUAUUUGAAAGGACAAUGUUAAAUACAGAAAAGAAUGUCUUUUAAAAUUGUGAAUGGUUCAUAUAAAAGAACAGAUAGACACACGUAUGUAUAUGUAUAUAUAUAAGGAGUAGAGCUUUCAAUAAUAAAUUUAGAGGUUCGAAAUUUAA